AUGCCGAGCUGGCACGACGGGUCGACGAGCUCAGAGAGGCUCCCUGAGUUCAAUGACAUCGACUAUGCUCCUGAUACUACUGAGGAACCUACAUUUCACGGAUUGGCCGUGGGAUCUGGCGAACGAUGCCGUGUCCACAACCUUGAGCCGGUGAGAUGUGUGGCUUUUGAAGGGACGAACACUGGGCGUCGUUUCUACCUCUGCUCCAUUGAAAAUAAACUAUGGGAAAUGUACUACUCUAGCAAUUCAGGUAGAAUUGAUGACAAGUUAGAGCAUGCCAGAUUUGUUGAGGAGCUUGUUGUAGAGAAAAACAAGAUUGAGAAGAAGUAUGCAAGCCUGCUAGUUGAUGUGAAGAAAUUUGCAGAAGAGACUGAGAAAAGAGUGGUGGAGAGAAAUUACAAGUUGAUAACUUCAGGAGCUGCUGAUGAAAUUAAUGAGCUAAAGAAGGAGGUUGCCGAGCUGAAGCGAUUACGAGAAAACACAGAGCUGAGGUCAUUAGGGCAAAGAAGGAGGAAUUGGAGGCAGGAAGAGAAGCUUGGAAGACAGAAACUGAUGCUUUGA